AUGGACAAAUACAAGCAAUAUGAACGUGUAUUCAACCACUUCGACGAAAAUGGAGACAUGAAAAUAUCGCCUUGUGAACUUCAAAAGUGCGUCGGCUUAAUAGGUGGGGUGAUGUCCCUAGAAGAGGCAGAGGUGGCCGUCAUGUUGAUGGACUCAGACGGAGAUGGGUUGUUGUGUUUUGAGGAUUUUGUGAAGCUAGUCGAAGGAGUCGGAGAAGAAGAAAAGAUAAACGAUUUGAAGGAGGCCUUUAGAAUGUAUGAAAUGGAUGGGAGUGGUUGUAUAACACCAAAGAGUUUGAAGAGAAUGCUCAGUAGAUUAGGAGAAUCUAAAACCAUGGAGGAAUGCAAAUUGAUGAUAGCUCAUUAUGAUAUCAAUGGGGAUGGACAACUCAACUUUGAUGAGUUUAAGGUUAUGAUGUCUUUACAGACUUAA